GGCAUACAGCACCAGGAGUUCAGUGUUAAAUUGCCUCUUGCCCUGAAUUUAUUGUGAUUAGUUGAGCAGCCUGCUGGUUUCAUAGGCAUUUGUAGUUUGAUUAGGUUCGGUAAUAGAGCUCUUUAAAUCAAUGAGGGGGUUUUUUUUAAUCUGAUGUCAAUCAAGUUCCAGCCUCGUAAUUCCCAACGAUAAAAAAAACUUUCUCUACAAGCUGUGGGUGCUUUAUCUUGACACAUUUCCUUGACUUGAUAUUUUUAUUCUUCUUUGUCCUUUUUACGCACAUGCAGAAACACUUGCACGGUGUUCUGUGUGUACAAUUGGAAGCAAAGGUUUAAAAAAAAAUUGUAGCCCUCUACAUAUAGAGUACUUGUACCUACACCUAAUUCAGAUUGUUAAUUGGGAUAAGUGUGGUGGAUUUAUGGUGUCUCUCCAUAGCCCUUCUCCCCCAGUAAGAUGUAGCUCCUCACAAAAAGCUUGAAAAAAGCCCAAACAUGGGGCUUGUUUAGUUUCCAUGGGGAGGGAUACUGUUGACUCAAGAUUAGGUAAUAGACACUGAUGUUGAUUACAUCAGUGGAAAAAAACCCUAACUUUCUCACUGUAGUUUACAGUGCAUGCUUCACCUGUAAGAAGUCCAGGCUGUUAAAUGGAGGCAGGCUUUUUCAGCCACCCAGCAGUACAGUAAUAACAAUCAAAAGCUCUGUUCCAGUUAUUAGUGCUUAGGAGUUAGUUACAUUCAUGAGCUCUCUGCUUACGAAGGUCUGGAGAGCAUAGAAUGGUUUGGAUUGGAAGGGACCUUAAAGAUCACCUAUUUCCAACCCCCCUGCCAUGGGCAGGGACACCUUCCACUAGACCAGGUUGCUCAAAGCCCCAUCCGACCUGGCCUUGAACACUUCCAGGGAUGGGGCAGCCACAACUUCUCUGGGCAACCUGUUCCAGUGCCUCAACACGCUCACAGUAAAGAAUUUCUUCCUAAUAUCUAAUCAAAAUCUACCCUCCUUCAGUUUAAAGCCAUUACCCCUUGUCCUAUCACUACAUGUCCUUGUAAGAAAUCCCUCUCUGGCUUUCCUGUAGGCCCCCUUUAGGUACUGGCAGGCUGCUAUAAGGUCUCCCCAGAGCCUUCUCUUCUCCAGGCUGAACAACCCCAACUCUCUCAGCCUGUCCUCAUAGGAGAGGUGCUCCAUCCCUCUCAUCAUCUUUGUGGCCCUCCUCUGGACUUGCUCCAACAGGUCCAUGUCCUCCUUAUGUUGGGGACCCCAGAGCUGAACGCAGUACUGCAGGUGGGGUCUCACCAGAGCAGAGGGGGAGAAUCACCUCCUUUGACCUGCUGGUCAUGCUUCUUUUGAUGCAGCCCAGGAUACAGCCCAGGUUGGCUUUCUGGGCUGUGAGCGCAUGUUGCUGGCCCAUACUCAGUUUUUCAUCCAAUAAUACCCCCAAGUCCUUCUCUGCAGGGGGUCCUUCUCUUCUCAAUCCACUCAUCGCCCAGCCUGUAUUUGUGCUUUGGAUUGCCCCGACCCAUGUGCAGGACCUUGCACUUGGCCUUGUUGAGCUUCAUGAGGUUCACGUGAUCCCACCUCUCAAGCCUGUCAAGGUCCCUCUGGAUGGCAUCCCUUCCCUCCAGCGCGUUGACCGCACCACACAGCUUGGUGUUGUCGGCAAACUUGCUGAGGGUGCACUUGAUCCCACUGUCCAUGUCAUUGACAAAGAUGUUAAACAGUGCCGGUUCCAAUACUGACCCCUGAGGAAUGCCACUCGUCACGGGUCUCUACUUGGACAUCCAGCUGUUGACCGCAACUCUUCCCCAGAUACAGCUGUGGAAGUUGUAUUCCCACAGAUAAGAGGUUUUGGAAGAGUUCUGACAUACGUAGUUCUGGCUCCUGUUCCUUCUGCCAUGGAAACGGGUAGAUGAUUGACCCAGGUUAGCUAGGAAUCCUUAACCUAAUCACUGUUUUUAUUUAAUAAACUAGCUUUACCUUUUUAAAAAAAGCUGUCACUCUGUAGUGAUUUCAUGUUUCCAUGGCAAUGGGAGUGGCAGCCGCAGCAGAAGCAAAUAUUGGAAGCAUUUUCCAGAGUCUAAAACAGGGCUGGGAGCUGGGAUGGAUCUUUCAUAGAUAAUAGGUCUGAAUAGGCUGAAGCCUUUAUUAUCUUUGGAAAAAGGAUGGAAAAUCCAUUAUGCCUAACUAUGAGAAAUCAAAACCUCAAGUUACCCUUAACUGCUAAUUUUGCUCAGAGAGGCUUAUCUUAAAAGAAUGUCUCUUUAGAACAUCAAAACAUACUUGGAAGAGCUCCAGGGCCCUUAAAGAAGGGAGAUUUCCCAGCUGCUGCUACUUUGCUGGUAAACCAGCACAUGCAGAGCAUGUGGCCCUUGUUGCAGAGAUUUAUUCAGAGAUAUCUGCUUCCUUCAGUGUGACAUGUUUAAAAGUGCAAUGCUGAAUUUUCAAAUCACAUUUAGCCCAGAAGAGAGUAAUCCAGGCUGUGUAGGCUUAAACCUGAAGCAUGCUGGAGUAGUUUGAGCAGCUACGUAAGAAGCUAUGUGGUGUGUUAGCUGAGGUGCCAAGCCCCGUAACGGGCUCUUUCAUCACUUUUUUUUUUUUUUCCUGCUUGUUUCACAGGCUGGAGGGAAAGGGGACAAACAACAGGAAUACUUGAUACGUUUAACAGACUUUAAUAAUAAACCACAUAUGCACAUUUCUGGGAAUGUUCAGGUAGCACAUUUUCAGAUGUUAAGGCAACUGCCCGUAAUUUAUAGCUACUGAAGAGGUGCAGUAGAGCUGUAUAAUUUCACUGCCUGCUGUGUGGAAAGUGUAAAAUACCUGUAGAGGGACAAGUGCUUCAGACACUUAAAAUCAGAUAGUGCUAUUGUGCUGAUUUAAAUCAGCUGUUUCCCAAGUGCAAGUGUAAAAGCUUUGUGGAACUGCAGUUCAGUAAAUCUGUAAUUUUAAGCUUGCCAAACUAGACACAGAAGAACAAAAGAUCAGGUUUGUUAUAAACAAGCAUAAUGAAGCAAUAUUGAGUGUAAGAAAAUGGUGCUGACAGUUGAAGCUUUUAGCUUUCUGUACUUGGGAGAGAACAAGUGUAUCUCCUGUUCUCUGUGGUUUCUAACUCUGUUUAAUAAUCUGCUUAAACUGACUUGAUAGAAUUGUCACUGAUUUUUCUUCUAACAGGCUGAGAAAUGAGAGUGGAGUUGCCAUCCAUUUUCACUAGUUGUUGUCACGUCCACUUCUCCUAAAACAAGUUAGAGGUUUACAUUAACCUGAGUAAUGCCUUGUUUCUUCUGAGCAACCAUAUCCUGUAGGUUCUUCUUAAGAGUAACCUGUGUCGCCUAUCUACCCAUGAGGAAUUCUUGGUUGUGGGGGUAUGCGUCUUAAAUCCAAGAAUCGUAUGUGCUUUUUACCUCCAAUCCCUGAAUUGGCUUCCUGUGUAGUGAUAAAGUGUAAUGGUAAGAGGUAGAUGUUAUAAUAGCUCUGCUACUGCGAGGGGCUAUAGGGAGAGUGCAUGCUUGUGAGAGCUCCAUAACGCUAUUUUUAGUUGCUUAGUUUUCUUUCUGUUGUAGAAAUAAUUAUUAAUGUCUUUUUGUUCUUGUUCAGAAGGCUUGCUUACCCUUCCCCGUUCCCCCUGCUGAGAGACUGGAAUAGUUUAAGCUUUCUAAAGCAUGAAUGUCUUGCUCAAAAUUUGGCAAAGCAUAAUACAAGAUUAAUUGUAAGUAGUCCUUGCUAAAGGGCUAAAUGAACUUUUUUCACAAUGUGAUUACACUUCAGUGCUAAUUUUUCUUCCACACGUUGAUGUGAAUUAAACUGAAGGAUCUUGUUCUCAUCAACGUGUAAUACUAGCUUGCAUUAUCACUUAUGUCUUAGAUAAUAGGUAAAUUAAGGGAAAAGGAAGACUAGCUUGCAGUAUUCUUCUAGGAAACCUGCAGGGAUACUUUCAAGCCUUAACUCGUUUACUGUGUUGGAUUAGGAAUGUGAGUCUUCCUUGAGGAUGCUUGCUUAAAUUCUUGGAUCUAUGGCUGUUCAUUCUUCCCUUUGUCUGUUUCACUUCUUUUAAGGCCAUUCUCAUUCUUCUGUGUUUUCUUGCAUUUAAUUCACUAUAUUCAAUGACCAGAACAUUUGCUGUAGUUUAAGUGUUUGGUGAGAAUGCAGCUACAUAGAAACCAGGCAUCUGCUUCUCUGAUGCAAGCUGGCUUAUGCUGCAUCUACUCGGAGUGGCUACCAUUUUAUGCUUGCCUUUUUUCCUGUUUUUACAGAUGACAUCUAGAGUCACUGAAACUAUAAGGCUAGAAAAUGUUAUUGCUUACUUCUCCCCCCACUCCUACCCUAGUUUUACUUUGUGAGUUUGAAAGCAUUUAUAAAAUACCUUUUUUUUAAGUUGCUAACUGUUUGAAAUGCUUAAAAAGUGUUUAAAGGACAGCAGUUAACAGGUGGAUCUGGGAAGGUUUUAUACCCGGAAUUAACUGGGAUGUUCUUUUAACUGAAUAAAUCUCAAAUAGAUAACUUUCCUUCAAGUGGAUGGCUUGAAAGUUUGCUAGGGAAGUUGCAUUUAAAGACACUUCAAGGAUGUGUAAAAUUCCAUUCUGUUGUAAAAUGUUGCAGUUCAUAUGUAUGCUUUUUGUGUGAAACUGAACUUUUAUCUUCAGAAUAGGUGACUGAAUAGGCGGUAGAAUAUGGCUGGACAAAUAUCGGAAUCUGAUCAGAUCAAGCAGUUCAAGGAGUUUCUUGGAACAUACAAUAAACUUACAGAAAACUGCUUCCUGGAUUGCAUAAAGGAUUUCACUAGCCGAGAGGUUAAACCAGAAGAGAUGACUUGCUCAGACCACUGCCUACAGAAGUAUUUAAAAAUGACACAAAGGAUCUCCAUGAGAUUUCAGGAGUACCAUAUUCAGCAGAAUGAAGCUUUGGCAGCUAAAGCAGGACUGCUUGGCCAGCCUCGUUAGACAAGAGCACUCUGUUCAGACUUCACAAGCAGUGCCAGCGUUCAUUGGGCAAGAACACAUUCUGGAUUUUCUACUGUUGGCAUGUAUGUCUGGCAACUCAGAAGAGACUUCUGGAUGCUGUUCAGACAGUGGAAACCAUGAAGGGUUAAAAAAGAAGUUAAGUCAUAAUGGACAGGCAAUGGAGUCUGUUUCUGAGGUCCUUUUCACUCUACUUUUACUCUGGAGUAAUAUUGAUACAAACUUUUCCAGGGCCCACAGACUGGUAUGUUUAAAUUUCAAGGUGGGUGGGAGGGUUAUACUUCUUUUCUGCUAGGACUGGUUCAGAUGAAAAAAGUGUAAUAUGGGAAAUACACUUUUUUAUUUAAUUCACAUAAAAUAAAUGGGAACCAUA